CGACCUCCACGGAGCUGCGUAACGCCUCCUGUGUCGUUUCCGGCCAUUUUCCGGGCCGUCGCUCGCCGGAAACGCACCGGCUCCUGGGCCGGAAGCCGGCCACUUCCGGUGCGACUUCCGCCGGAAGUGGCGGCCAUCGACACGAUAUUCUCCUGGAGAAGGAUAUGAUCAGACUGAUGGCCAGAGAAUCCACAUCAGCGGAAAACCUGGCCACGUCCACUCCCAACCAGUCACUGGUGGCGCCGUCUGGCGGAGCGACGGUGGCGCCGCCACACGGCACUUUGCGGAGACGCCGUCCGGUGCGCCGCAAACCCUCUGCUCUAUACGGCCCCCGGCCGGGCCGGCCCGAACCAGGAGAGAGGGUCUUCUGCGGGCCGGAGUUUGUCAUCAGAGCCCGCGAGAAGCCGCGGAGACUCGACCUGACUCAGAAGUCUUCGGUAUCCGGCUGCGUUCUGGUGAUUCUGCUCAACGGUCAGAAGCUGGAGAUCGGCUGUCAGCCCGACACCCAUACUGUGGCGGACGUCACCAAGGCUGUAUUCGAAGAGGAGCCCUACCCUCACCCCUCCCUGCUGGGUCUGGCCGUGUCCGCGGACGGCGAGUUUCUGUUUCCGCCCCCGGGCACCAGGCUGAAUAAGGCGCUAGUGUCGCCGGCCGGAGGGCGGCAGCUGACGCUCUACCAGAGGUUCAAACUCUACCCUACCGCGGACACGCUGCCAAAGUCGGCGACUGGUCUGCACCUGCUGUACCUGCAGCUACGGCAGAACCUGCUGGAGAACUCUCUGGACGUCAGCUCCAACCAGGUGGUGCAGCUCAGCUCCCUGGCGCUGCUGGCAGAGUUCGGCGAUAGGAGCGACAAGAGCUGCGCCGACUCGAUGAUCGAGGACAGCGGCGCUGCCUAUUUCCUGCCGGAACACUACCUUCCCGAGCCGCUGACGUCACAGGCCGAGCUGCUGCGCCAGCUGACGGAGGGUCACGUGACGUGUGGCUCGGAGCAGCCCGGGGCGGCCGGCCAGGCCGGCGGGCCGGCGGCGGCCGAGCGGCGCUUCGUCAGGGUGGCGGCCGGGUGCAGGGGAUAUGGAAGGCAUCGCUGCUCUGUGGAUCUGCGUGUCAAGUCGUACAGCACGUCGACGCUGUCCAUCGACCCCAGCUGCCUGAGGCUGUCCCGGUGUGACCCCAGCGGUCGGUCCACGACCCGCACUCUGCACUGGUCCACCGUCUCCAAAAUCGAGUACAAACACCGCUCCCGACGGCUGAUUGUGAACACGGCCGGCGCCGAGGCCAUGACCUUCUGUGGCGAAAAGGCCAAGCUGCGCUGUCUGGAGUACAUGCUACAGCAGCACCUCACUUCUUUUCGCGAGGGUCUCCACCUCACGGCCGGGUCAGGUCAACCUACUCAGGUGUACCGCGCUAGAGCGGACCCCACCUCCCCUCAGCUAACUCACUACUGUGUGAGGACGCCUCUCUCCUCCCUGACCAAUCGCGCGGCGACACGUCACGCAGUGGCGGCCAAUCAGAAGGCGGCAUCGCCUGACCUGAAGGCGGCGCCUGUGUCGGCGGCCAAUCAGAAGCCAGCCCCGGCCGGGUCGACCAAUGGGAGGACGCCGGCGGCGAGGAGGACCAAUGAGAACGCGGGGUCGUCUCCGGAGCUGACCAAUCAGCUGGAGGAGAGUCCGGCGGCGGCCAAUAGGAGGCGGCGGAGCGCGGGCGGCCCGCUGCGCCAGCGCCAGGUGUCUCGUGGCGCCGCCAGGUGGCGCAGCGCCAGCCAGCUGGCGCCGGGCCGGCCGGCGGCGGCGGCACGGGACGGCAGUCCGCCGGCCAACGGAAUACGCAUGGGAACGCGUGUGCCCGUCUCGGCGCUGCAGAGACAAAAGCUGCGCAGCCGAGAGGCGCUGCCGCAUCUUACUGACGGUGCCUACGUCAUCGCGGCCGAGGUGCCGGCCACCCCUGAACUGACGGCUCCCCCCGGUACUCGGCCCGUGGACGGCAGUACCGGAGACCUCAGACACACCGCCGGCGUGUUCAACAUUACGCUCCACCGGUGCCCCCGUACCGGCGACCUCGGUGUGCGGGUGGUGCGGGCUGCUGCUGCCGCUGACGGGGGUCUCCUCACGGUGGAGACGGUCACCGCGGCCGGGCCGGCCGGCACGCGAGCUCUCAUCGCAGGAGGUGACGUCAUCACGCACAUCUCGGGCUGCCCGCUGCGGCCGCUCUCCUACUCUGCCGCCGUGGACCGACUCCGGCGCGCCGUUGACCCCGUCACUCUCACCGUGAUCCGCCGCGGCGACGGUGGCGCCGCCUCGCGGAUCGACAGUGGCGCUUCCAAGCGGCCGGCCGACGAAGACGCGGGUGAUGGGGAUGAUGUGAGCCGCGGCUCGCUGGAGAAGCGCCUGUGUCGAGAUGGUCCCGGAAGGGAGAGUGUGAAUGAUUUGGUGAUUGGACGGCUGACGCGGCAGCUGAGUGGGGACUGUCUGGCCACGCCGGAGGGCAAACGGUGAACGUGGUCAGCGGAUAGGACCCAGGAAACGAGAGGACGGAUUGAGAUAGCGGUCACGAUACUAGAGGAACAGCCGUCCACGCUGGGGUCAGUGUCUCAAUCGAACAAGGUUUAGCCCAGCCCAGCCCAGCUCAGCUCAGCUCAGCUCAGCUCAGACCGCCCAGACAAGAUUUACACCCAGAGAGAUUCUUUGGAGGGGCUGGAACAAGGGAUGAAUGGGUUUCAUAUAACAUUCUAAUCAGGGAUGCGGAGCCGUGGAAAUUUCAGACGGCUCCGGCUCCGGCUCCGGCUCCGGAGAAAAAAAUCGGCUCCAGCUCCGGCUCCGGCUCCGGGUGAAAUGUUAUGGCGGCUCCGGCUCCGGCUCCGGCUCCGAGUAAAAUGGUCCGGCUCCGGCGGCUCCGGCUCCGGCGGCUCCGGCUCCGACUCAGUACAUCCCCUAUGCAAUCAAUUAAAUACGGGUGGAAGAAAAAUUGGAUUGGUUAUACGCGUUACUCUUUGCCAUGACCGGCUCACCGCGUCCCCGCGCCAACGCACCUCGGAGAGAACCGGCAGAACAAAGGGCUAGGAAGCGAUGGCAUUGGAAACGCAGUCGCCGCGAAUCGGAGUUCAGUGAACCAUCGUAAGCUGACACCCGUCUCGGCUGCAUUGGGGGGUGAGGGGUGGGGGGUGUGUGGGAUGAGACGGUGCUGGGAGUCGCAGUCCACUGCACUGGUUUGAAAACAAUGGCCGUCACCUGAUGACUGGUCCUCAUGUUCUGGGGAUGCAGUAGACGUGGGGGGGGGGGGGGAAGAGCAAACAGGAAGUUGUUUGCGUACUGUGGAAUACUGGGGAUAUUCGGAUUUUUUCAUUCACUUGAUGGCCCAUGACGUAAGUACCAUAUAUUUUACUGCCUUGUACUGUCAAACCGAACUAGGUCAAUUAUUUUUUUCCUCUUCAAAAAAUAAAAAGGAGCCGGAGUCGCCCCCUUUUUUGGCGGCUCCGGCUCCGGCUCCGGCUCCGGGCUAUAUUGUUUCACGGCUCCGGCUCCGGCUCCGGCUCCGGGCAAAAUAUGCCGGCUCCGGCGGCUCCGGCUCCGACUCCGGCUCCGGCUCCGCAUCCCUGAUUCUAAUAGAAGGAUUUGUGGAGUUUUGGUGCCAGUAGGACCUCUGGUAUGAAUCCCCAAGAUUGGCGGAGCGGUGCCCGCUAGAGGAUAGUGGGAUCUUAGUAGCCGUGUUUGAGAACGGAGAUGGACUGCCUGAGGAUUGAUCAACUCUGGGCUUAGGCGGUUCUGUCACCCGCCGUCGUCUACUAGGCUAUUUAUUUGGGCUAUUGUAACGGGCCAGUUGGGUGUAGAAGUGUAGAUCGGACUGAUUGGGGAUCAAUGUUGACGAUGGCAUGAUGGGAGAAAAUGACGGGGACAGACGUACGAAGCUGCUCAUUCGCCAAGAAUGCGCUACAUUCCGAGCGAUCGCUUUGGAGCAGCACUUUCCCGCUUUGUAUGCGGCUGAUUUAUUUAACAUGAACGCCGUCUUUGCUCCGUGGGCUUGCUGGGGUGGCCUCUAGUGCUGGAUGGAUGUGUUUUCUGUAAAUAUGACGAUUUUUGCCGAUGGUUUGCGACAAAUGGUGACUACAUGAGCCUAUGAUGAUGAUCGUGGAUGCAGUGGUACGUUUUUAGAGUGCGAUGUUUGAUUGACGAUUUAAGUAUUAUCGAAAUGAAUGGGUACUCUGUCGUUCUAAGUGGUGUGUCAGUUUGGGAUUCGUUUGCUCCGCUUCGCUUUGUGCAUUGUAGUCUAGAAGCUAUUGAUGCCCCUUUAUUGCCAGACUGUAGUCCAGAAGCUCUUUUAUGUGCCCCUUUGAUGCUGGUGUUUUGGUUUUCUAGGCCACAAUUAUUGCCAUUAACUAAGGGAUAGUUUUCGCAGUAUUAUUAUAUCAGGCUUUCUUCUUAGUAUCUGUCUCGUAUAGGCUUUCUAAUGCUUUCCUGUGAGAUUUGAGCAUUAAUCAAUGUUUCUUUGCCCCGCCAGUUGUAUGCCAGGUUAUGUUUUGUACACCAAAGAAUAAAUGGCUCGUCGCAGA